AUGAAAUUGUCACAACGGUUCCUAUCAAACACUUUAGCGGAGGCCGGCACGCUUCCUUCCCGUGGGACGAGCCAUUCUGAAGCAAUACGGCAGUUGAUCAUGUCUACAUUUCCUACAGCAACCAUCUCAUUUAUCACCACAGGUUCUAAUGGUGCUCACAGUGCCAACGUUACUGAUACUACCGCUAGUGUCACUAAUGCAGGAACCUGCGCAGAAGAGGACGAAAAACUUAUGGAACAAUUACGUAUGAAGGACCAGGAGUCCAAACAAUCGGUAGGAUGCAGUGAAUCACUCGGAGCUCGGCGUGGGCCCUUCACAGAUUGCUGCUCACCUCAAGGAGUUGCGGAGUGGCAACGUUUGCAUCAGUUGUUCCCAGCAGAAGCUUUCGUAAAUGCUCCACAACCCUGUUGGACUCCACAUGCUGUAGUUUACAUUGGUGGAUUUGAAGCCCCCGACUUGCGCCGUACAGUUGCACCGCGACUUUUCGAAAAGGUGCCCGCCUUCGUAACGGAUAGCGAGCGGGAGCAAACCGUUGGAGGUCGGACGGCUGUAGGAGGGCGGCAGAAAAAUCCCAAGUAUGCAACCAAAACACUCCACACGGGACUCCUCAUGAGUGAAAAGGGUUGUGCACUGCACGAACCAGAUUUACUGCAGUUGGCUCUACCACAUGUGGGACCAUCUGCUAUGAUACGUACUCGCACAUAUCUUUCAUUUGCUGGUGCGGAGCCUAAUGUAACGGCGUUGAAUGGCGCAGUGGACCCGAUGCAGCGGGUGGCGCUUCGUCCAGCCUUUGGUUAUUCCGCUGCGGCGCUGAGGAACACACUUCCAUUUGUUGUCGUGGGGGCAUCUCUGUUACUCCGCCGCUGGAAUGCACGAUGGUCCUCCACAACUUUGAGUAGCGCCUUUUGGCUUUCUGCAGUUGGUCAUGCGGUGGAGAGCGGACGCAUGAGUGAAGCCGGAUUGUUAGUGCAGAAGGGAGGCGUGGAUGCAAAUUCAGUGAUGCGGGUGCUGGCAAUGGAGGCAAGUUCAAUAGCGAAAAACUGCCCAGAGGAUUGUUGUGUAAACUACUUUUUGCCAUCGGAGACAUUUGAGUUAGAGAGAGGUUUUGCCGAGUUGAUGAAUGUUGGACCUCGUCUUCCCAUCGAUGAUCUAAAGGUAUUACCCGUGUACCCUCUUUUGGUGCGUCAAACACGUUAG